AUGCGCUUACUGACAACACUUCUCGUACUACUCAUUGGAAGUAGUAGUUUGGCAGCGAAAUUCGAUGAUUGUGAGCAACAACCGGCUGGUAAAACCGCAAACCGUUUUUUUUUAAAAGAAAAUCGAGAAUUUUCAGCUCUAACUCAAGUGCAAAGCGUUGCCGUACAACGCAAUCUACACAUUACCGAUGUUUUUCUACAAAUCAACUUGACGGACUCGGAAAAGUACCAAUUUUAUCAGGGCUCGAACUGCACAACUGUUCAGGACCUUUACGACAACGACAAUCGUUACUUCGGAUUGUUAAAGCGUGCCGCCCUUCUGAGAUCCCACCAGCUGAGUCCGUUCAACGAUACGAUAGUUGGAGUGGCGACAGCGGAGCCAUACGAAAUAUCCGUGUUAAUUUGGAAAGUCAACUACAUCCGUGUUGGUAUCUACGUCGGAGCCAUUGUCCUCUUCCUUCUGGCCGGUAAACUAGUGAGAAAUGUGCUCUUCUACUACACUAGUGGAUGCUCGUUUGGUCUCCUCGCUUCCCUUUUACUUGUGGCGUUCAUUGUUUGGCGAGUUGCCCCUAAGAAGACCAUCGGGGUGCCGAUACUCAUUGGUGGAUGGUCCGUCUCUCUCUAUAUGCUUCAUUUCGCAUGGUCCAACCUUCAAAGCAUCUUAAUGGAGUAUCAGAAAUAUGUGAUCGGAUAUUUCGCUACCGUACUUUUGAUCUCCAUGGCUGUCUGCUAUAAGAGAGGUCCACCAACUGAUGCUCGCUCCCAUGACAUUGCUCAGUGGACGCUACAACUUGUAGCUCUCGCCUUGGUCUACUUCUCCUGUCAAGUCAUAGAAGUAUCCACUGGAACAAUCGUUGCACUUGUUGUACAACAACUCAGUCGUGGUUUCCUGUUCACCGGACUACACUGGUAUUUCAAGGGUUUGGGGUCUCUAUGGAGGAAGAUAUUCCCAAAGACACGACGUCUUCUUAACGAGGAGGAGUACGACGAGAUUGGGCAGAAGACCACCAGAGAGCAGUUAGCACAGUUGAGAGAGUACUGUAAGCAAGAGGGAAGUCGACCAUGGAAGAUUGCCGGAAACGUGAGAAGCGCUAGACGUCGCAGACUGGCUCGAUUCAUCGAAGGAGAGGAUGAUCAUAUCACGGAGGAUGAGAUUUAUGCUCAUGAGCUGACGGGGGAUUUAUUGGAUCGGGAUGACUAUGAGAAUCAGGAUCUAGACGAGAUGCCAGAACAUUAUGAAUUGGAGGAGGAUGAGCAGGAUGAUGAGGAGGACUGGGAUGAGGUUGUUGUGAAGAGAAGGGCGUCGGAGAAUGGACGACGAUCGGUGCAAUCGAUUCGGGUUCCACGCAGUGUGUCUGCUCGUCUGCUCUCUCCAUAUCGUAACAACUUGAACAGAUCGCUUCAGAAUACUUAUAGAAGAAACGACAGACAGCCAGACAGGAGCAAUUUCUUCUCGGAACACCGUCAACGUGCACCACAAACCGAGCGCAUCUACCGAAGCCGUCGCGUCGAGUACGAUGUGAUGAAUGGGCGUGUGGAGCCGCCUCACUUCUCCACGUCGUCUUCAGGAUCCACGACGGGCUCUGGAAUGACUCCCAGUGAGUACAUGCGACGUGCUAGAAAAAUCGACUCGGCUUCGAAAACGCCAACCAGAAGGAUAAGGAAUCCGGCAGAGGAAGCUGAAGAAUAG